AUGAAUUCGGAAUUUGUUGCCUUCGCGAUCUUCUUGAUGACUUUUUCCUACUCUUCAGAGGCCGCGUGUAAAGAUUCCGGCCAAAAUUGCGUUAACAUGCUGCAUCUUUGCCACAAUCAUGUUUACCAAAGUAUCAUGAGCAGCUACUGCCCGGCUUCUUGCGGUCAUUGCAUUGGAAAAUGCGUUGACAAAGCAAAAAAGUAAGUGAUUUUUCCCCAUUCGUGCCAUAAGACCCAAUUUUUCUAUAAUUAGGGUUAUUUUCUUUCUGAUUUGCAGCUGCUACACAUGGAGUUCUAUGGGAUUCUGCAGCCCGUAUUACUUUUCCAUCUACCGGAUGAACUUUUAUUGCACAAAAAGUUGUGGACUGUGCAAGACAAAGCAGAGGAAAUCGAAGAAACCCAAGAAACAAGCUGAAAAGAGUGCGCAGAAGCCGAAACCACCACCGAAAUCCGCUCCAGAAAAAUCAAAGCUUUAUAGAGAGGAUUCAAAGACAACUGCGGCUAAGCUGGCGGGACAACCAACAACAAAAACAACUGCAACGAAGGCUGCAACCACUAAGAGAACGACCACUGCGAAUUACAAACGCCAGAACUCGGAUGCUACUUCUAAUUCUCCAACAAUCGUCCCAGCUGCAACUUCAACGCCACCUGAAAGCACGUCCGUUGCUUUUACAAGUAAGAACGGUGUUGCCGGCACUCGGUUAUUGUCAGUUGCUAGCUCCACAACUGAAGGCAUUCGCACGUCAUCAGGAGCUUCUGAGAAGCUUGGAGGAAGAACCAUUGCUGUAGGAACGAAAACUAUGAAAUCAGUAACUAAAGUUUGGAAGAUACCAACUUCACCGGCGGCUGCUGAUGUCCCUUCUACCAGAGAAAAGUCAAGGAGUAUUAUAAAAACAACAACAAGAAGAAGACCGCUAAUAACUACACAAAAUGGUAUUAGCACGUCAUCAAGAGCUGCCAAGAAGUUUGGAGGAAGCACCAUUAAUGCUGUUAGAACGAUAGUCAUUAAACCAAUGACAAAAGCUUGGAAGAUACCAACUUCACCGCCAGCGGCUGAUGCCCCUACUACCAGAGAAAAGUCAAGGAGUAUUAUUAAAACGACAACAAGGAGAAGACCGCAAGCAACUACACAAAACGGAGCUUCUAGCUCCACAACCGAAAUUAUUAGCACAUCAUCCGGAGGUUCUAACAAUAAGGAGUUUGGAGAUAGUACCGUUAACGCUGUAGGAACGACAACUGUUAAGCCAACGCCACCUGAAAGCCCAUCCGUUCCUUCUACAAAUGAGAACAGUUUUGACCGCACUACAUUGUCAAUUGUUGUCUCCACAACUGAAGGUACUAGCACGUCAUCAAGAGCUGCUGAAACGUUUGGAGGUAGUACCGUUAAUGCUGUAGAAACGACAGCUAUUAAACCAACGCUGCCUGAAAGAACAUUUGUUGCUUCUACAAGUGAAAACGUCGUUGAUAGCAGUCGGUUAUUGUCGAUUGCUAGCUCUACAAGUGAAGUCAUUAGCACGUCAUCAAGAGCUGCUAAGAAGCUUGGAAGAAGCACCAUUAAUGCUGUAGGAAGGAAAACUAUGAAAUCAGUAACUAAAGCUUGGAAGAUGCCAACGUCACCGGCGGCAGCUGAUGUGCCUAUUACAAAAGAAACGCCGAGGAGUAUUGUAAAAACGACAACAGGAAGAACACCGCAAGCAACUGCACAAAACAGAGCUUCUAGUACUGCCACAGUUUCUUCUGUUACCAGUCUGUUUGAAGGAACGCCUUCUUUAGUCAACGAUAUAGAAGCAACGAAAGCCACAACGACGUGGUUACCUUUCGGGAGUUCAUCAACUAUCGGCGCAGCAAUGACUCAAACAACAGACAGAGAAGGCACAAGUGUGACUCCAAGUGCAACUACAGAGAAUAUUCCUACAGCUACUGGACCAAUUCAAAAUCCUACUUCAAGAGAUAGCCAGCUAGAUAAAAGUACAGUUCUUGCUUCAUCGGCAACUAGUGGCCCUGCGACUCCAGCAACUUCAACAUCCACUCUGCUAUUGACCUCGCACUUAUCAACGAACGUUGCUAAUACGGGUACGACCAGGUUGCCUUCAACUUCCAUAGGCCUUAGCACAGUUGCAAUUGACGGUUCUGAGGCAACUACAAAUUCUGAAGGAACGGCAACGACCAUUAGAGACGAAAAGUCAUCUACAGAAUCUCAAACCAUUACAACAAAGGGCUUCAAAACAAGAGUAAUCAACCUGGCAGAAACUACCCUUACGGAUCUUCAAACCUCUCCAACAACGAAGGUUUUGACAACUGGAAUGGCUUCAACGGCAUCCACAAAAGAUAUAGGUCCAGUUUCUCAACCACUAACCGCUACUACUAUUGUUAAUCCAGCCCAGAGCACACCUCAAGCGUUGGUUUAUGAAAGCACAACUACUAAUCGUGACGUCAUAACGGAUUUAACGGACGCAUCCUUUGCUACGGUAACGGUUUUUACAACUUCGACUUCAAGUGCGGCUUUUACAACGGCAGGUCAAACUCUGGCACAGUCAGCGUCUACCAAGGAGGAAACAGCAGAGAUUACUUCAACUUCUUCUAAUAAAGAAACGUCUACAUCAUCACCGUCAUCAGGUAUGUUGCCCACAACAAGUUCAACUCCAAAUACGCCUCUUACAACGGCAGGCCGAAGUCUGGCCCUGUCAACGUCUACCAGGGAGGGAACAACAGAGGUUUUAUUCACUUCUUCUGAUAAAGAAACGUCCACUUCUAAUAAAGAAACGAAUACACCCUCAUCAACUAUAUUGCCAGAAACAGCUUCAACUCCAAAUACGCCGCUUACACUUACAACGUCAAGCCAAAGUCUGGCCCCGUCAGCUUUUUUCAGGGAGGGAACAACAGAGGUUACUUCAACUUCUCUUAAUAAAAAAACUUCCACAUUAUUGCCGUUAUCAGGUAUGUCGCCCAAAACAAGUUCAACUCCAAAUACGCUGCUCACAACUCUAAGCCAAACUCUGGCCCUGUCAACGUCUACCAAAGAGGGAACAACAGAGGCGUCAUUAACUUCUUCUAAUAAAACAACGUCUACAUCAUCACCGUCAUCAAGUAUAUUGUCAGAAAUAGCUUCAACGCCAGUGUCAGCGCUAGCCUUAACUUCACCGUCAACACUUCAGGCCGAUAUGCCUUCGUCAUCUUCCUUGUCUACCGAGGGCCCUUUCACCAUGCCUUCGACCGUGCCUACCACAACGGCUUCCACUAA